AUGACUUAUAAAAUCUUCAAAGGUAAGGGGAAUCAGAAACUUGUAUUUUCUAUGAUUCCAUGCCCAGAAAGAAAUGCUCUUAAAAAAAUUAUCUUCAAAUACGGAGGAGUUCUAUUUACAAAACGCAAGGAAUAUUCUAUAUGUCUUUUACCCUAUGAGCCUGGGCACACUUCUGUGUGUACCCAAAAAUACAAAGUAUAUUCUUAUAAGUUCAUCUAUGAUUCAAUUAAAGCUAAAAGACUAUUGGAUUUAAGUAAAUACGAGCUAAAAAGAGAAGAACCCAAAGCUGCUAAGCGCUCUAGAUACACUAUAGAGGAUGAAGAAAAAAUGCUUGACUAUGUAAAGAGGACGUUUGGAAACACAGGGGUUAUAUCAUUUUGGGAUGGAAUUGUGAAAGAAGGAGUAAAACACAGCAGUGAAAGCUUGAGAUACCAUUGAAAAUAUGUGAUGAAUGCAAAAGAAAAAGUCGCUGCAGAACUAAUUAUGAAUGAAAAUAUCAAAGCUGAGUUUAUGAUUGCACAAAAUGCAUCGAAAAUUCCUAUUCAAUCCAAAAGUCCUCUUGAAACAGAUAGCUCAGAAGGAGAAGAUACAUUAGAUGGCUUGGAAGCAAAGAAAAAAACUUGUUUACGUGAGAAUGAAAAAACACCAAAUAAACCAAUAUUCCUAGAAAAUCAAUUAAAAAGAAAAAAUGAAGGGCAAAUAAAAGGCCAAAAGGCGCUGAAAUUAUUGAGCCAAUGCCAAAGAAAUUUAAUUAGUAAGCCUCUAGAUAAAAUAUAUCACCAAAACAAUCUAAGAUUAUAUAAAAAGCACUGCGUGAAUCCUGAAAUAUUAUUUGAUGUAGGAAAUUCUAAAGAAGAAAAUGAAAUUGAUUUUUCAAAUAAAAAAACUAAUCAAAUGCUUGAGAAUUCUGCUAGAAAAGGCCAAACAAUAGAAACUUCGGGAAUCAAAAAUGGUAUUUACAGCAAAUUUGGUUUAUAAACCCCUCCUUGAAAGAACAAUAUUUUUUUGUUCGCUCACGUGGAGUAACAUAAAUCAAGAUAGUGAAAAUGCACAAGUGGCAAUAAAAAAAGAAAAAGAAGAGCCAAGCUGUGACUCAGAGCGAUACUAUAAUAAUGAAACACAAAAUAGCUUUAAUAUAGGUUCAGAACAAAGAGCUACUACACAAGAGUGUAUCAAAACUGAAAUUUAUAUGCAAAAUAAUCAGCAUAAGCUUAAAGAUUUUGUUGAUGAUCCAGAAGACCUGUUUAUUGUUUGUGAUAGUCAAAUAAGAAGUGUCCAUCGUUUAAAGUCAUUAAAGCAUUUAUGAUAAUUUAUAUUCAUUAAAAAUUACCCAAAUAAAGUCCUUGAUCUAAUUUCUAAUUGAUUUAAGUUUGAUAACUAUAGAGAUCUUUGCAUACACCUUAAAUUGGUAUAUGCAUUGAUGUCAAUAUAGAAGAACAUUUUAAUAACUCCCUCUUCAAAAUCCAACAAUCAUUCUUUACUCAAGGGGGUUAAUUUUAUACUAAAAUUUGAAAAGAAACUCUGAUUUAAUUUAUGUUUAAGAAUCAAAACUAUGUAUAUUUAAUAAAAUUAGCUAAAGAUCUUAAUAUAAUAAUUAUAGUGGUAAAUUAAAAUAUUUGAUACCUAAAAAUUUAUAUUAAAACUUUUGCUCUUGAAGGGGCUAAUAUUUCAAAAAUCGCCAUUUUUCUAUGGCUUUGUUCUCUCUUGAAUUGGGGAGUAAAUUAUUCAGCUUAUGCAAAAAGGUUAGCAAAAGAAUUAUUACAGAAGACGAUGUACUGCAUGCACUUGAAACCAAAAAUGGAGUAGUUUCUGAUACAAUUUCUUUCUUUUUGGAUAAAAAAAUCGGUGCAUAA